GAAUCGGUAGAUUGUCGGAAACUUCAAAACCUAGGUAGGUACCUGGUAUGUAACUAAACGUUAUAUCUUAUCGAUUACCUAGGCACAUAGGCUGAUAGCAUACGUAUGUACCUACCCAGCUUCUUUUAAACUUUGGGCAUUAGCGUUCCUUCCUAGCCUACGACACAUGCAGAGCGGGAGGGGAAGGGGAAGCUACCUUACCUAUAAUAGGGGCAGGUCCUCUUGCUCAUGCAGGCGCUGCAGGGACUCAGGAGUCUUAAAGGGUCUUAAAGCUCCGCUACUGACCUUCGUUACGAAGCCGGCCGGCCUUUAUUAGACUUACAACACCAUGUUACAUAAAAACACAGCAACGACCGUCUAAAUAAACUAACAGGUACCCCUCAUCGUAUACCUAUAACUUUUAUAUACGCCGUGGGACAGGUAGUCAUAAUCCAAAAAGAAAGAAAGAAAAAGAAAUAAGAAAGCAAAAAAGGGGAGAAAAAAGAAAGAAAGAAAGAAUAAGGAAAGAAAUUAAAUCAUGGAGUCCAUCGACCCUGCAACGGGCCAAGCGCUCCCACCCGAUGCCAUCCAAAGAGUGCUAUUCGUAGCGAGUCCCGUACACGUGUACAACAUCCCGCCCAUGGUCCCCGGAAAGGGACAUGUAGCGGCGACCUGGACGAGCGACGGCAGCAACGACCGGCAGAUAUUCACGGCGCGCAUGCGCGUCAUCGAGACGGCCAUCCCCGGCGACGGAGACGGCGACGGCGACGGCAACGAGCAGGUGAAGACGGACAUCGUGCUCGAGGACGCCGGCACGGGCCAGCUGUUCGCCGCGGCGCCGUACACGGCGGCCGCGGUCGUCGAGCCCGUCUCCGACAGUUCGCGGUUCUUCGCGCUGCGCGUGCAGGACGAGGCCGGCCGCAAAGCCACCCUGGGCGUCGGCUUCGAGGAGCGCAACGAGGCCUUCGACUUCGGCGUGUCCCUGCAGGAGGCCCAGAAGACCCUCGGCUGGGGCGCCCAGGCUGGCGGGGGCCCCGCGGGGGCCAAGAAGAACCAGGCUGUCGAGCGCAAGGAUGGCGCCGAGAAGCGCGAUCUUAGUCUCAAGGAGGGCGAGACCAUCACUAUUAACUUGCCCGGACGCUUCGGCAGACGGAAGCCCGAGCCGCCUCCGCGGAGCUCCAGCGACGAGGGUCUUUCCUCGUUCUCGUUACCGCCGCCGCCGCCGUCGUCCUCCUCGUCACCUGCGUCGGCGCCCCGCGGCUCGGGGAUACUUCCGCCGCCGCCUGUGUCGCACAGCAGCACGCGCGCCAAGCGGUUGUCCGCGCAGGAUCUAGGGUUUGACGACGGCAAGUUUGGCGAGUUCGCAUGAUGAGCUACGAGUUGUGAUUUGUUCGCAACCCUGGACUGGACGGACGUACGGGCCCCCAGACUAGAGUUUUUAUGUUAUGUAUUACUGGAUAGUUAGAACUACGACGAACGAGUUACUGGGUUCCUAUCC